CCCAAUUACUAUCCAUGCAAAAAUGGGUAUUUGCAUUUCUUGCCAUUCAAACUCUCUAGCCACCGGAAAACUAAUAUUACCCGAUGGCACUUUACAAGAAUUCUCUUGUGCAAUCAAAGUCUCCGAAAUUCUUGUCAAGAAUCCAUCAACUUUUAUUUGCAACGCGGACGAAAUGGACUUUGACGACGUCGUUUCGCCUCUUAAAAACAAUGACAUGCUUCAACCGGGUCAGCUUUAUUUUGCCCUUCCCUUGAAGCGGUUGAAACACCCGCUUCAACCCGAAGAAAUGGCUGCAUUGGCUGUCACAGCUAGUGAUGCAUUGGCUAAAUCAUGUGGUGGUGGGCGUAAAAGCAAGAAAAAUAAUAAUAAAAUGUUUUUAUCGGCUUCUUCUAGUAAGGUGGCGGAUUUUGAGACUGUUGGUGCGACCCUAAAAGGCGGUCGUGGUGUCGGUGUUGGUUAUGGUGGAAAAAAACAAAAUUUUAAGGUUAUGUUGAGUGUUAUACCAGAGUAAAACAAUGGCUAACGACUGAUGAUGACGGCGACCAGAGAGAGAUGGUGGUCGUUUUUAUAUAUAUAAAAAAAUUAUAUAUAUGUUGUGGACGUAUAUAUGGUGAUUAUGGUUAUGAAGUGAAGGGGAUUAUUGUUGUUGCGAUGAUGUCGUUUUUUUGAUCCUUCACUUUGAUCAUUUUUUCCAUAUUGGGAUGACGACUUAUUUGGGAGUAUAUGAUUAUAUUUUUACCUUUUGUUAACAUGGGUUAUUAUAAAAAUAUAUAUCCAAUGUCUUUUUUUUUUCCUUCUUCUUUCUUGUGUUGCCUUUUGAGGGGAAUCGUUCUCCUUUUGGUAUAAUUAUAUCGAAUAAAG